AUGGCACCAAAAUCUGAAAUUUGGAGAAAUUUUAUUAAGACAGACGGCAGUGGAAAGUGCAAAAUUUUUGAGAAAAUCAUAAAAACAAAAAACAAUACUACUAAUCUCCACAACCACGUUAAGUCAAUUCAUGGUAUUAUAUUUGACAAAAAGAUCAAAGCUAACUCAGAAUCUAAAUUAUUAGUGGACACAAGUGCUCGUGAUGCUUAUGAUCUUGAUGAUGAUGAUGUUGAAGAAGUGGUACCAUCCAGCUAUCUAUUUUCUAUUAACAAUACUUCUCACUUGCUAAUGCAAUUGCUCGUAUUUCAAGUUACUAAUGAAAUAACUAUCAAUGUCGAUGAUGCUCAAAAUAUUAACCCCAGAACAUCAUGUACACAAGAAACAGUAGCAGUGAAAAAGAUUCCACAACCACAGAUAACUGUAGUGAUAAAUAAUCUUAAAUCCUUCCAAGAGGGUCGGGGAAAAGCUGGACAAAUUAAUAACUCACUCGUCUUUAUAAUUAUUAAGGAUUGUUUGCCAUUUCGUACAGUUGAAAAAGAUGGGUUUAAAAGUUUUAUGAUGGUUUUAUGUCCAUUGUAUAAAAUUCCCUGCCGCGAAACUAUAAAAAAUCUAGUUGACAAUAAAUAUAACGCUAUAGCUACAAAAGUAAAGAAUAAAAAUUGCCAGCUUAAAUGA